AUGUCCCUCUCAAUUUCCGCUAUUGCAGGUAUCGUGGUUGUCGCUGUUGCUAUCAUAACCUCCAUCUUCGGGGCUGUCCUCUGGAUUAACCGACGUCACCGCCGGGGCAUCCCUACUACCAAGACCACCCCGGCUUCUUCGCCCAUUGCUUCGAAUUCUCGUAUGCCGAGGUCCCGAUUGACCGGUGGUCAUAGAAAGCGCGCGCAAGACACGCAUGGCCGAUACCCAAGUCUGGAGAAUGGACCGGGACCAACCAUUGUCAAGAAGAUACGGAAACCCACAAGUCUCCAUUCGCGGGGCUUCCAUAAGAGUGAUUCCUCUGCUUGCGAUGCGCCAGAUACACCCAACAAACUUACUUUGAGUUCUCUCACGACUGUGGAAGAGCCUGCUAGAACAGCUACCAAAGACACGGCCACGGAAGUAAUGUCAAUAGCCGCUACCGAUUCGACAGGUCCAACAGCGUUGAAUACCGAACAAUUAAACAGGCCAAGCAGCUUACAUCAGGCGGUAUUAGAUAUCUGUGGACAGGGUACUGAGAUUGGAGGUGAACACACUCGCGUUGACAGCGGAAGAGCCAUCAAGGCUGAGGACCGAAGCAGCGGUACAGGGACUGAGGUGCAUGUUCGACCCAAGGGCUAUACUGGAUCAUGGCCUUGA